CGACCGAGAACGCCAAGAUGAGGAUUCUGGACCUCCUGGUGUUUCUGCCAUGCCUGCUGACGGCAGAAAUCUCCUUCAAUUUGACUACACAUCAGGCACCUUUGUUUUGGCAUGAAGCGACAAGAAAGCCGACCCCAUUACUGAUAGCCAAACUUCUGGCAACCACCCAGUCAUCUGAGCAAGAGCGACAUACACUAAAAGGAAUACAUCUGACAGCGGUGACUAUUGAGGAGGAGCCAUAUGUUAUGGUCAACAAGCUGGGCGACCGGGCAAAGUUUACAGGUUUUGUCAUCGACAUCAUCACAGCACUGUCGGCAGAACUCGGCUUCACAUUCGACCUGUACCUGGUCCCCGAUGGAACAUAUGGAUCACUGAAUGCCAACAAAACAUGGGGAGGACUCAUCGGUGAAGUCAUGAGAAAGAAAGCUGAUGUGGCAGUUGCACCAGUAACAAUCAGCUCAGCUAGGGAACAAGUCGUCGACUUCACCAACCCUUUUAUGGACCUGGGGGCGGGGCUUCUCAUCCGGAAGCCAGAACCAAAGGGAACAUCUCUGUUCGCCUUUCUCCUGCCGUUCAACAGUAGGGUGUGGUUUUCUAUUCUGGGAGCACUGAUCGGGACCGCCAUUCUGCUGUACAUCACAAGUAGGAUUAGAUACAAGUGUAACGUGGGCGACCCUAACUAUGACAACGAUGUAAAGUUCAACAUGAAGAACAGCUUGUGGUUGACAUACUGGUCAAUAGUCAGAAAAGGAGGAGAGCCUGCCCCCCGCUCCCUCCCCUCCCGUAUCCUGGCCGGUGCCUGGUGGUUCUUCACCCUGAUCGUCAUCUCCACCUACACGGCCAACCUCACGGCCUUCCUCACCGUCAAACGGCUUGUAACGCCCAUCAAGUCCAUUGACGACCUGUCAAGCCAAACCAACAUCCGGUACAGCGCCACGUAUGGUACCUUCUUGUAUGACUUCUUCAAGGGGCAAGUAGGUACUGGGUCGAUUUACGAGCGAAUGUGGUACAACAUGAAAAUGGAAAACCACAAACACGUCAGCAAGUUCCCCAACAGCAGCAAGCAGGGCCUGGAAUGGGUUCGCCAGGGAGGGUAUGUUCUUAUUGAGGAGACGCCUUUUCUUGAGUACGCUGUAAGAACUGACGAUAACUGCGAUUUGAUGUUGCUGGGAAAGCCAUUCCUGUUCAAAGGAUAUGGAUUUGCAACGAGAAGAUUGAGCUGGCUGAAGAAACCGUUAUCCGUCGGAAUUCUGAAGCUCCAAGAAACUGGAAAGAUGGAUGAGUUACGAAACAGAUGGUGGCCCAAAGAUGGCUGCCCGCUGGAUGGAGAAGUAGCUGAUGUGAACACAGCUUCUGCGUUGGGGAUAGACAUAUUUCUGGGAGUGUUUUACGUCCUUGGAGGCGCUGCCGGGCUGGCAGUUCUGGUGACUCUAGUUCAGAUUAUCUUCGUAAAGCUCUGCAAGUCCAAGCCUGAGACCAACGACUGGUACAAACCUGGCAACUGCAAGUGA